AUGAAGCAAAUAUACGACCAGAACAAUAGCGAUAUAGAGCAGAAACUCGCUGGGGUCAAAGAAGUAAUCCGCGACCACGACAUACUUAUCGAAGACCAUAAAAGACGGAUGGCCAUGGAUUGCAGACACUCACUUAAGCGAUUAGAAGCCACCGGACAGCCUACCCCUAUUGUGCGCCAGCAGCCCGACUUCCUCGAAGCAGAUAUUGUGAAAGACGCUCGAAGAAUCAGCAAGAGGAAUGACUUCGAGAGCCUCGUAAUGUUCGAAAUGAUUUAUGCAUGUCCAAUUUAUGUUGCUGAGCGUCUGCAGACAGACAGAGUGACAUACGUGAUUCAAACCCUUAACACAAUUGCGAACUACACUCUGAAUCCAGAAUACCAGGGGCGAAAAAUAUCUCUUAGUCAGGAAGAAGCGGCUGAAAACCUAAAGUCUUUUCUUCUACAAAUCCACCCAGACAGUCGUAUUCCCGUCGAGAAAAUUGCAAACCUGCAUAGCAUUUGUGACGCAUUUCGAGCGGCCAAAGAAGAACGUACUUGGUCUUUCAGUGCCUUCUUUUGUUCUCCUGAUUAUCACGCUUAA